CUUGUGCUGCCUCGAGUCGCAAACUCUCCAACUCUCUUUCAGACUUCUGCGCAACCACAUCAGCGACGCGAUCCGAAUCUCAAAAUGUCUGACAACGAAGGUGGAGAUGGAGGGUAAGUUUCCUUGCUCGAGAGAGGAGCUAUCCAACCUGAUGUCGACCAAACCCAUUGACUUUAUCCCCAAAGAUACUCCCCAGCCUACGGUGGUGAUGAGCCCGACUACGAACCAGAUGAGCCAAUGGAACCCGAUGACCAUGAGCAGGAUGUUCACAAUCCAGACGGAACUGCGCUGGGCGAGGAUCAGGACCAGUUUAAUAAUGUCGUUGAAUCCGGGGACGCAGCUGCUAUGGCGAAUCGAAAGGGUGAAAAGGCACCAAAAGACAAGCAGAUUCCUCAUGAUAAACGAACCACUACACCAUAUAUGACCAAAUAUGAACGAGCUCGUAUUCUGGGCACAAGGGCGUUGCAGAUUAGGUUAGUUGGGGCGGACUGCGAUUUUUUUGAUCAGAACAUAUAUCUAACACUCCAACUUCAGUAUGAACGCGCCGGUAUUGGUUGAUCUGGAAGGAGAGACAGAUCCUCUUCAAAUUGCAAUCAAAGAAUUAAGAGAGAAAAAGAUACCCUUGAUUAUUCGACGAUACAUGCCUGAUGGUUUGUAGGUUAUUACAUUUACCAUUUACUCGAUUUCAGGAACUAACUCAAAGCUAGCUACGAAGAUUGGACCUGCGAAGAACUAUUGCUAUAAGAUGAAAACUGGUUGGGCCAAAUUACUGUUGCAUAACAAAGCAGGGAUACAUUGGGAUGGCGUUGUAUUGAAAUGGGCGUUUUAGGCAUGAAGAAUGAUACUCUGGGGAACAUGGAUAUUAGGUGUGACAAGAAUAUCAAUGGCUUUCUAUGCGCCUACCUCCCCUGGUACUUUGUUGUUAGUGAUUUGAGUAGUCAAGUCUCCGGGAACAAGGUAAGGUUCUCCUAAGCUCCCUAAUUGAAGUAUAACGAUUGACGACUUGUGGUUAGCUGCACCAUUUUGAUUGGCCAACUCUCUGUCGUUGUUUAUUUUGACAUGCGGCUGACCAUUAACCCUUUUCGAACUUGUUGCCAAGCUAAAGAUUAGAUUCGCCGCUCCUCUGCCUGG